GAAUUAAACGGAGCUUGAGGGGCGUGGAUCUUUGUUGCUGUGACAACAGAACAGCAAUUUCGAGUACAUUAUUAUGCUACACCUUUGAUCAUGCCAAAAGGCAAGAAGAAAAAGGAUGGAAAAGGAGGCAAGAAAAAGAAAGACACUGCAAAAGAUGAUGGAAAAGGAGAGAGUGAAAAGAAGGACUUUGGGCCUCCUGCCCCACCAGACAAAGAACUGGCACUAAAACAAGAAUUAAAUGAGCUUGACAUUGAAAUGGAUGCACUUAAGAGACAAGUUGAUGAUCUAAAAUCAGAGAAUGAGUGGCUUCAAAGCGAAGCAGAAAGAACAAAGCUUGAGAAUCAAGACUAUCAAACUUUUGUUUCAAGAAGAGCUCAAAAGAGACAGUCUCUGAUAGUCUCUCUUGGUGAUCAGAAUCGACUUGAAUUGGAAGAGAUUAAGCAGCAAAAAGAAGAACUAGUCAAACAAUUUGAUGAGAAGAAAUCUGAACUUAGCUCCAUUUUACUGGAGAAACAGAGUGAACUGGCAAAGGUAAAUCAAGAACUUGAAGCUCUACAGCCAUUCAGGGCCCUACAAAAAGAGCAAGAAGAUGAAAUAGCCAAAUUAGAAAAAGAAGUUGAAGAGAAACAGUUCCAGCACGAGAACAGGGUAAGGGCUCUGAAGACACAGUUCCUUAGAGAACAACGAUCAUUUGAGAGGCAAGCAGAAUCAAGAGUCCGAGCAAUGGCAGAGAAAGCAGACAAAAGAGCAGCAGAAUGUCUCAAGGAACAGACUCAUAGGAUUGGGAUAGAGAACAGACAACUUAGGAGUAAUUUGCAGCAGAUUAUUGAGAAAAACAAUGGACUACAAUUAAGGAAAAUUCGACUUGAAAAGCAAUACCAGAAACUGUUGGAAGAACAAAGGUUUAUUCACGACUUGCAGAGAGUAAGAGGUCUAAGCCUACCCUCAUCACUUGACACAGCAACAUCAGAAUUGAAUAUUGAAUCAUCAGACUCUCAAUAUACAACUUUACCAAGAAUUACACAGAAAUGAUUUUAAUGAAAAAAACUUGUUGUAAAAUUUAUUAUUACAUUGUAAAUCAAUUUUGAUGAGUCAUGAUCCAUUGGUUGAAUUUAUGUCAUCUCAUUCACCGUG